AUGAGCCGCUGUGUCCACGAUGGUCAGGUGACGGACACUAAUCGAAGGCUACAGGAGUCGGGGAGGGAGGUGACGUGUCAGACAGAAGAGGUGAUUCGCUGCCGCAUCCAGCAGAGGAACAUGGCCACCACUGUGGAGAAGCUGCAGCUCUGUAUACCAGUGCUAGAAAUGUACAGCAAACUAAAGGAGCAGCUGGAGUCCAAAAGAUACUAUGCUGCGUUGAAAACCAUGGAGCAGCUGGAAAAGGUCUUCAUCCCCAGGGUGAGUCAGUACAGGUUCUGUCAGAUCAUGGCGGAAAACCUGCCCAGACUGAGAGAAGAGAUCAAGGAGAUCUCCAUGUCGGACCUCAAGGACUUCCUGGAGAGCAUCAGAAAACACUCGGACAAGGUCGGAGAGACUGCCAUGAGACAGGCCCAGCAGCACAGGACCUUUAACAGCGCAGUAGCCAAGCAGGCCAGUACGGGCCACUACACCAAACCUGUGUACACCCUCAACGGACAAACACACACUCACAACGGCCUGAUGAUGGAUGAGGACACAGGAGAUGAGGAUGAAGGAGAUGAAGAGAUUCUUACUGCUCAGGACCUAGUGGACUUCUCGCCUGUCUACAGGUGUUUACACAUUUACACAGUGCUGGGUGACCGAGAAACAUUUGAGAACUACUACAGGAAACAGAGGAAAAAACAGGCCCGGCUCGUCCUGCAGCCACAGGCUAACAUGCAUGAGACAGUGGAAGGCUACAGGAGAUACUUCAAUCAGAUUGUGGGGUUCUUCGUUGUGGAGGACCAUAUCCUUCAUGCCACGCAGGGGCUGGUGACCAGAGCUUUCACUGAUGAAGUGUGGAACAUGGCCCUGUCCAAGAUCAUCGCCGUGCUACGCACACACUCUUCAUACUGUGAUGACCCGGACCUGGUCCUGGAGCUGAAGAACCUCAUAGUCAUCUUUGCUGACACACUACAGGGUUAUGGAUUCCCAGUGAACCGGCUGUUUGACCUGCUGUUUGAGGUUAGAGACCAGUAUAAUGAAACUCUGCUGAAGAAGUGGGCUCUGGUUUUCAGGGAGAUCUUUGAGUUGGACAACUACAGUCCCAUCCCCGUGGAGACAGAGGAGGAGUAUAUACUUGUUGUCAGCCGCUUUCCCUUCCAUGAUGCUGAGAUAGAGAAGCUGGACUUUCCAAAGAAGCUGCCAAUGUCCCAGUCCGUCCCUCAGAUCUACACGCAGGUCAAAGAGUUAAUCUACGCAAGCCUCAAGUUCUCUGAGUCUCUACACCGGAGUUCAACAGAGAUCGAUGACAUGUUGCGGAAAUCCACCAACCUGCUGCUGACGAGAACACUCAGCAGCUGUCUGCAGAACCUCAUCAAGAAACCUCACAUAGGACUGACCGAGCUGGUGCAGAUCAUCAUUAACACCACCCACCUGGAGCAGGCCUGCAAGUAUCUGGAGGAGUUUAUAACGAACAUCACCAACGUCUCCCCUGAAACAGUUCACACCACAAGACUCUACGGCUUGUCCACGUUCAAGGAUGCUCGUCAUGCUGCAGAGGGAGAGAUUUAUACCAAACUCAACCAGAAGAUCGAUGAGUUCAUCCAGCUGGCGGACUAUGAAUGGGGGAUGGCUGAGUCUGACGGGCGAGCCUCAGGAUACCUCAUGGACCUGAUCAACUUCCUGCGCUCCACCUUUCAGGUCUUCACACACCUCCCGAAUAACAACAAUGACCAUGCAUCGAUGUCGGGUAAAGUGGCCCAGACGGCGUGUAUGUCAGCCUGCAAACAUCUGUCCACGUCCCUGAUGCAGAUGGUGCUGGACACAGAACUCAAACAGAUCAGCAUGGGGGCCAUUCAGCAAUUCAACCUGGAUGUCAUCCAGUGUGAAUUGUUUGCCAGCUCAGAGCCGGUUCCUGGUUUUCAAGGAGACACGCUGCAACUGGCCUUCAUCGACCUGCGACAGCUCCUGGAUCUGUUCAUGGUGUGGGACUGGUCAACGUACCUGGCAGACUACGGCCAACCAACCUCCAAAUAUCUGAGAGUGAACCCAGCUACUGCCCUGGCUCUGCUGGAGAAAGUCUACAGAGGGUAGGUGCCGCUUCCUCACUGCUUUUCUUUGGUCGUCCCCAUGCAUGCUCUGAUCAUCUCAACAUUGUUUCCACCUCCUACAGAAUGAAUUGUCUCCACUUUAUAAACGCACAAUAGAGAGUUUUAUUAAGACUAAAUGCCAUUGAUGAAUAUAUAAGGGUGCUCCUGAUUGGGAGGAAAACCCCACAAUGACAUGGUGACACACAUGAUUACAAAAUGAUCUUUUAUAUGAGUUACUCCACACUGGCACAGGUUGGGUAAUCGCUCUCUAAAGAGUUCAAGUUCAGCAGAUGGAUUUAAUAACAAUUUAGCUUCUGAAUUCCCACUAAAGUCUUCAGCAGUCAUCAGGCUUGUUUGAGACGAGCUGCGGCUCGCCUCGAAAGUAGACGAGAAUAG